CUUAAACAUAUAUAUACUUCCGGUUAAAUUGAAAACAGAUAAAAAUCCGGCGGCAUGGCUGAUGUUUUAGAUUUACAUGAAAUUGAGGAGGGUGGAGAUGAAUUUGAAGUUGACGAAGAGGGAGAUCAGGGCUUAUUAAAGUUAAAAGAAAAAGCUAAGAAGAGGAAAGGAAGAGGAUUCGGAGCAGAUGGUCCCACACGGAGUGGGGUAGAAGAUUAUGAAGCUAUGGACAUAGAUGAAGAAGGAGGACCUGGUCCCCAGAGAUCUGUAGAGGGGUGGAUCCUGUUUGUUACUGGUGUACAUGAAGAGGCUCAAGAAGAUGAUGUUCACGACAAAUUUGCAGACUAUGGCACCAUAAAAAAUAUUCACCUUAAUCUUGACAGACGCACAGGUUUUUUAAAGGGAUAUGCUCUUGUAGAAUAUGAAACCUUCAAAGAGGCCCAGUCAGCAAUGGAUGCAUUAAACGGAUCAGAAAUCCUUGGUCAGAAGAUCAAUGUAGACUGGUGUUUUGUUCGUGGUCCAAGGAAGGGACGAGGAAGAAAAGAUGGAAGGAGAAGGUGAAAGAACAAAGAAUUUUUAGUGAUUUGCAAUGAAACUCUGCAGCUGCUCUCUUUUUGAGAACUGACACUUUUCCGUUUGUUUUUAGAUAUUAAACUCUUAGCUUGUGGGGCUGUAAAGGAACAGGCACACAUUGGUUGUACAACCUUAUAUUGUGUAGAACACUUGAACAGAUAUAUCUUGAAUUCUGAUAUAAACAGAGAUAGUUCAUGUUCAAGUACAUGUAUUUAUGUUUCAUGAAACUUACAGUAUAUAAAUGUAGAUAAUUGUUUUCAAAUAGAGAAACAUCAUCUGUUCAAAUAUCAUCCUGUUCAUUUUCUACACAAAUUAAAAAACUUCAUGAAAAAAACA